GUGUUCCGAGUUUGUUUGUGUGUGUGCGCGCGCCGCCCGUAGGUAUAUCGUACCAUAUGAUCGUAGGGAAUGAAAAAAUCGUCUCGUCAUUCGUUGUCCGCUUAGUGUCGAGUGUUGUUGACCGGAUCACCGCCGUAAUACAUAGAUACGACUCAUCGGGCCGCUGCGCGCGCGUGCGAAUUCUCAUAUCGACAACCUGUUUCGUUUGCUUUUAACGCGUUAGAGAUAUUUGAUAAUCGUUAUAUUGUCCGUAUGCGAUAUUUCUUUUUACAUCCGUCUCGCGGCUGUUUUUUUUUUUUUUUAUCGACGUUAUCACAGCGUUCGUCGAACAGCUUUCUACCCCCUCGCCCGUAUUUCAAUCACCGUCGUCGUCGUCGUCUAACUUCGCACGCUUUUUAUACUAUCCGCUGCACUCCGCGGUGUACAGUACAUAAAUUAUAUAGAUUAUAGUGCAUGGUGUAUUGGAUGCGCCAACCAUGAAUUCGUUCCUCACCCACAACACGCUGCCGUACCAUCAACCGACGCAGAUGCACCAGAUGAUGAUGGGGGAGCCUAAGUACUCGCCGCCGGACGACUACGGCAACAUGCAGAACUACAUGGGUUCCCCGGACUUUUUCAGCAGCCCUCACCAUCAGCAUCACCACCACCAACAUCAACACCACCAUCCCACUCAUCAUGCUAAUCACCUGAGCCAACAUACUCAACACAUCGGCGGUGGUGGCGGUGGUGGCGGCGGCGGCGGCGGAGGCAGCGGUGGCGGAGGUGGUGGUGGCGGCGGUGGCGGUGGCCACCAGCAAGUGCAGGCCAACGGCGGUGUCGGCGUCGGCGGCUCGAGCGUCCUUGGAGCAAGCGGCGGCGGCCACUAUCAGGGACACUACCAGCAACAGAUACAGGCCAUGUACCCGAGCCCAGGCCAGACUCCGUCGUAUUACACCAGCGCGGCCUCCAAUUACGGCGCUUACCAGAUGCACCACGGUGGCCAAAUGCCGCUCGAGGCGCAACAACCGCCGGCCGCUCUGAUGCACAACGCCGCGGCGCAACAGUGUCAGGGCGGCAGCAUAAUACCGUCCGGGGCCGGUGGCGGCCUGCAGACAGUGGCCAUUAACGCGGUAAUGUCGCAUGACAUCAAGGACGACUCGUCACCGUCGCCGCUGCCUUGCCAUCUGCAACCGAGCCCAUCGUCGUCCAACCACAUGUCCAACAAUCCGCUGGACGGGUCAUGCUCCGACGACAUGGACGACUGCAACACGGACACGGACGAGAUGAUGAUGACCACGGUCAACGGGUCACCGAUAAUGAUGGACGACAGCGAGUCUUCGGACCGGGUCAUCUACCCGUGGAUGAAAAAGAACCACGUGGCCGGAAUGCCGAACGGCGCGUAUCAGCCAGUGGACGUGAAGAGACAGAGGACCGCGUACACAAGGUAUCAGGUGCUAGAGCUGGAGAAGGAGUUUCACUUCAAUAAGUACUUGACACGUAGACGGAGGAUUGAAAUCGCUCAUUCGUUGGUACUGUCCGAGCGGCAGAUAAAAAUAUGGUUCCAGAAUCGACGUAUGAAGUACAAAAAGGACAACCAUCUUCCCAACACGAAAAACGUGCGCCGGAAAAACGGAAGCACGCAACCGGCGGGAAAAAAGUCCCGGGCCAAAAACAAUAACAACAACAAUAAUAGUAACAACAACAACAACAACCAUCAGCAACCGCUGUGCUCACCGUCUGGAUUAAAAAUCGAUUCGCACGAUAUGUCACCGCAACAACAACCCGAGUUGAGGUUACAACAACAGAGUGAUACCGGGUCGACGUCGCUGAUGACCGCCAUAAUACCGUCGUCAUCGACGUCUUCGUCUUCGUCGUCGUCUGCCGCCGCGUCGGUCGCAGGACACAACAAUCCAGCCGCCGCUAUGCAGCAACAGCUUCAUCAACAACAACAACUUCAGCAGCAACAACAGCAACAGUUACAACACUGUAUGAACCACCGGCCAACGCAUCUGUCUCAACACCUAGGGCAACAGCAACAGGGUUUGGCCAUCGGAGUCGGAGCCGGUGAGUAUGGCCUCACUCAGCUAUAACGGCAGGUUUGCAGAUCGUGAGCCCGUUUUCCAAGGUAUAAGUUACUUGACAUAAAAUGAAAAUAUACGAAAAAAUAACUAUAAAAUGAAAAAAAAAAAAAUACGAAGUGGCCACCGUGUUAUGAUCAAUAUAGAUACUUUAUUUUAACCCAUCAUAUAUAUAUUGCAGACAUUCUCACUUUUUCAGACAUUCUAUGUAUAAUAUCUUCCAACGGAUUUUUCCCUUCAGUCCGAUUAGUUAUGUUAUACGCACCUUAGCAUCCAAGUGACUGUUUAUUGCUCGAUUUUUCCAUACUGUAUAUCGUUUGUAAUUAUCGAAAACGUGACGAUAAAUAUAUCUGACUUUCGAUUGACGUAUUGUGUCACAUAUUAUAAGAGUCUGUGGGUAUAUAUUUACUAAAACAUAAAUAUUUUGACUGUGAAAAGAAUAAUUCCUAUGGUAUUUAAUUAUGUGUAUUCGUGUCUGAUAAUUGGCUUAUUGAAAUUUUCUGGCAAAAUCAUCAUUUUCGACGCACAGUAGAUAUAUAUAUAAAUUGGUUAAAGUGUUUAUAUUUAUGGAAAAAAAAUGUUAUUUAAUGUUAGUGUCACUUAUAUUUAGAUCUUUUUUGCCCAAUCGUUUUGUUUUCGUUACGAUAAAAAGAUUCUACG